GUUUUAUUUAGGUUAUGGUCAUGUUUUUAAACAAGGCGGUAAACAAUGGAUAGUAAAAAUUUUUCAAGUACUUCUCAAGAGUUAGAUAUAAAGGCUAGAGUAAUACGCAGUGUGACAGCACAGUUGGAUGAAGAAAUUGAUUUAUUAGAAGAUGAGGUUGUGACUGUGACAGACAUUAUUGAUGAUACCUGGUACAGGGGAUUCAUUGGUGAAAGAAUUGGAAUAUUUCCAUCAUCACAUGUGGAACUGUUGGACAAUUACAGUGAGUCACUUUCUAAGGCUGUUUCUCGUGCCAGUCAUUCAGAAAAUUAUAAUGAAAGUUCCAGCAUUUCAUCUCGUCAAAUUUACAAACAGUGUGUUAUUGAUUCAACUUCUGACAUAGGUUCCACUGUGUCAGCUCGUCAAAUUUACAAACAGUGUGUUGAUGAUUCAACUUCUGACAUGAGUUCCACUGUGUCAGCUCGUCAAAUUUACAAACAGUGUGUUGAUGAUUCAACUUCUGACAUGAGUUCCAGUGUGUCAGCUCGUCAAAUUUACAAACAGUGUGUUGAUGAUUCAACUUCUGAGGCGAGCUUACUUGUAAAACAUAUGGAAAAUGACAUGAGCAAAAAUGUUAUAAGCUUUCCUCAUGUCACUGAGGAUAGUGUGCCUCAUGGUAUUACACUGUAUCCUUUUUGUGCACAGUUUGAUAAUGAAUUAAACUUUCAUGAAGGUGAAAUAGUUAAUUUGAUCAGGUAUAUAGAUAAAUAUUGGAUGGAAGGAGAAAUCUGUGGAAAGAAAGGUAUUUUUCCAGCAAAUUAUGUUAAGAUUUUGGUUGAUUGUAAAAAUAACCUGGAUUGUGAAGCUUUGGCAAAAGAAAAUGAAGUUGGUUCAGCAGAGAAGAUUUUAGCAAAUUCUUGUGCUGUGGUGAAGUACAACUUUGAUGCUCAGACGAAGAGUGAUUUAAGUGUAAUAGAAGGUGAAAAAGUGUGGGUGAUAGAGUUAAUCAAUAACGAUUGGUGUCAAAUUCAAAAUAAUUCAGGACAAAUUGGUUUAGUCCCUUGUGUGUAUAUAUCCCAAGUGAUCAGUGACGAUAUCCACAGCCAAAGUGAAGAUAGUGGAGCAUGUACCAUUGACUUGCAUGAUCAGACUGAUAGUGUAUCUAUGUCAGAGUGCGUGGAAGAGCGAAACAACACAGUAUGCACAAGUAGCAGCAACUCCGCACAUUCAUCGGAAGCCAUGAACUUAGAUACAGCAAUGUCACGUAAUUUAGCAGAGUUAUCCUUGUCUGCUCGCUAUGGGUCCAGUUCUAACUCUGUGACAACAAGCAAAGAGCCCAGACACUUAAAUAUACAGAAUGGGGCAAUCCAUGACCAGGAACCUGAUCUUCAAGCACCUGCUGACGAUACGUACUUGAGACACGUGGAAUCACUCACCUUUGGAGUGGAUGAAGUGGAACUGAGAGGAGGCAAGGGCAGUACUUCGCGAAGAAGAGAAAGCAACGACAGAAUACCCCAUAGACCCGCCCCUCCUGCUCCGGUAUGCUGCCAACAAGUCAGCGAUGAAAGUGUUACAUCUGAAGUUCAGCUGGAUGCAUCAGAAGUUGCUGACACAUCUACAAUGAAUGUCGCACCUGAUGUGGAGGUUACUCAAGAUACUAGAACCGAGGAUGAAAGGGCUAAGAAUAUAGAACAGAGGCAAAAUGUAAUAUCUGAAUUGGUAUAUACAGAAAAAGAAUUUUCAAGGGACAUGAAAAUAACUUAUGAGACAUUCAAUUUGCAUAAUCCAAAUUUUCUGGAAAGCUAUGGUGUUGAUGUGAAGUUAUUAUUUGGAAACAUUUUAGAGGUUAUUCAUUUAUCAGAAGACUUCACCGAUGAGUUACUUUUGUCACUUAAAGGCAAAAGUGAAGAAAAUCAGUAUGUUGGGAGAUGUUUCCUUAACAUAGCUAGUAGAAUGAAAAGUGUUUACAGCGAAUACACUGUUAAUCACGACAAUGUAUCGACGUUGCUUGAAAAGUAUGAUUCAGAUCCUGCCAUCAAGACCGUACUUGACAAAGGACUUGAGACAUUGCGUUACCAGAUUUCUUGUUUUGAUAUGGGUUCUAUACUCAUAAAGCCUGUGCAAAGAGUACUCAAAUACCCCCUAAUUGUUAACGAAUUAAUCAAAUACACAGAGGAAAAUCAUGAAGACAGGUGUGAUUUGAUAAAAGCUGCUUCAGCAAUGAUGGAUGUUGCAAAGGACAUAAACGAAAAUAAGCGUAGAAAAGACAUAGUGAUAAAAUAUUUAGAAGACAACCCAUUAACUAUUUCUAGUCGUAUAUCAAGGAUGACAUUGCAUUCUGUAGCCAAAAAGUCUAAUCGCAUUGGUGCUCUGUUAUCCUCAUCACUUGGAAUAAAAACUGGGGCCAGAGAUGAGCUGUAUGAUGAACAAGAAAGUUUGUUUUACAAUCUUGACAAGAUGGUAAGGUCAUUUCUGAAGAAUGCUGAAACAUUCGUCGCAUCCUUGCAGGAGACAUUCUUCAUUAAAGGCCUCAUAGUAGAAAAUAUUGUAUCACUAUAUGAUGAAGAUACAACAACUGAAGUAGACAUGUACUGCAAGAUUGUAAAAAACAUCUCCUCUCAGUUCUUGAAUGAGUUUAAAAGAACAUUUGAGAGCAGAGUCUCAAUUCCACUAUCUAUGUUGCUUAAGUGUUUUGAAGGCCCAUGGAAAUUGGUGCAAAAACGCUAUGACAAACUUCUUGACUAUGAGGCUUUUUUUUCCAGAAUGGAUAAAACUAAAGACAAUCGACAGGGAACAAUAAACAUAAUGAAGAACACUUUCAUUGCACUUAACAACCAAUUAACAGAAGAGUUGCCGCUGUUAAUAACACUUGCUUGUGAAGUGUUUUCUGAAUGUGUGAAAGCAUUUGUUUUGGCAAGGAAACUGCUCAUGGGAAAAAUAACUAAACAGUAUCUGGCACUGUUUUCUGAGAUUUAUGAAGACAAUCAUUUUAAUGAUGAAUCUCUAGACACCUUUGUGACGAAACAUACUCUGGCGUGGAGUCAGCUGAUCAAUUUACCAUCUUUAACUAGGCAACCAAAAUAUGAUGGUGGUGUUGGCAGUACAUACAAAUUCUUUCCAUUAUCAGCAACUGAUAGUGUUUCAGCUAGCAUUGCUUCUACUGGCAUGCCGAUGACAAGCCAGCAAGCUUACCUCCACAGUUAUUAUGAUAUCAGCAGUUUAUACCAGGUUAUUGAAAAUUACAAUGCCAAAGAAAAUCUUGAAUUGACAGUGAGCGAAGGACAAUUAGUGGCUGUGAUCAAGAAACAAAAUCCAAUGGGGGAUCCAAAAAUCUGGUUUGUUGAUAAUGGAGCAACUCAGGGAUUUGUGCCCAGUUCUUGCCUAAUAUUGUUGCAUAAUGAUGCAGUGGGCCAAUCAGUGAUAGAUCAAGCUACAGAUCAGAAAGUACAACUUCCAGACAUAAGUCAUGGAUCCACGAAACAAGGAUUGUAUGAGACUUCUGAUGAAGCAGACAACCCUCCCUCCUAUGCAACCGUGGUGUCUUCAGGUGUUAAUGAAGAAAAUGAACCUUUCUAUGAAGAAGUUAAGGAUGAUGAGCUCUUCUAUGUGCUGCAUGACUUGACAAGCAGUGAUGACCAUGUGUUAAAAGCCAGCAGAGGCCAAGUAGUAAAAGUUUUACACAAAGAAGAUUAUGAUGGAAACUCAGAAUGGUGGUUUGUAGAAGAUAAUUUAAAAAAUACUGGUUAUGUUCCAGCAAACUAUUUGUCUAAGUGCAAUUUUAACUAAUUAAUUGUUGUUUUGUAAAUUUAUAUAUGUUAUAUAUUUAUAGCAGCUAGUAGAGUAAUUAUGUAUUCAUUAUAGUACUGAAAAGUUGUAAAUAAAUAUAUAAAUAUGUAAAUAAAAUUUUCAUAUAUGUUUUACAAUACUUUUGCAUUAUAUAAAAAUGGUUUUAUUAUAUAUAAAUGAAAAAAACUCAGUUUUAAUUCAAAUAAAAUAUUUCCUCUCCCCCCAAGCUUUUUACAACAUGCAUUUACCACUUAAGCCAGUAUUCCAAAAAAAAAAAAAAAAUUUGGGUUUUAUGAAUGGAACUUUGCUCCUAAAUCCUAUAAAAGCAACGAUCAUAACCCAUCAGCACCCUUAUAACUGCUUUGUUUAUGUUCAAUUUUUAAUAUGAUGUGCCUAUAGCGAGGUUUUCUUGCUAUGCGUAAAUUACAUGACCAAGAUAUAUCUGGGGAUUCUCAGAAGAAAGGAUUUGAAUGUCAGGGAACCGGCCAUAGAUUGCCAGAUGCGCAAAAUUCAGUGGAAACGUGGGAUGAUGCAUAACUCAAGAAAGGUUUUUGGUUUUUCAAAAGUCUAUGUGCGAGAUGUGCUGCUGCUGGUUGCUGGUAGACCACCCCUGCUUCACCAUUGAAUGUUUUUGCGAUUUUAUGCCCCAUCUAUUUUCAAGUGAGUUAAAAUUUUACUAAAUAAUGUUCUGUAAUACAUAAGAUAACCAACCCAAUUUUGUCCAUGUUGCAAGUAGGGAGAGUUAGCUGUUUCUGGGACAUACCUAUGGCACAAGGGGGUUAAGGGAAAUAUCAGUGUGGGUAAACAUAGCCUCCAGAAGUAGUGACCCCGGUCAUUAGGUUGUUGACAAACAUGUGGCAUGUGGGUAUUCAAAGAAGUCGUUGAGUGGAGGGGAUGACGAUGGUGACAUCAUCUUCUGGAAGCGGCCAUCUUGGUUCCGAAGCUUGAAGGCAGGUGGCGCAGUAGUAUUUAUUUGUACAAGAAACCUUGCGGUGGGUUGGGAUGCUAGCAUGUGAAGGUUGACAGGUGGAGACCUUAGCCACUGAGCUAAGAGAAAAGUUGAGGUAUAGCUAAAUAAAUAAGGAAUAUAUGCUUAUAAAUUAUGUCUUUGAGACUAUAAUACUUGUGACAUUUUGUAGCAAGUGUGUUGUUUAAAAUUUCAAAAAUAUUUUUCCCAUAGGGCGCCAUAUUUAUUUCCAGCACAGGCUUCCACCAAAGGGUGCCACAGUUGCCACCAUGAAUGGCAGUUUCAUCUGCUGGGAGCACCACAUUUAAGUUUCAUAAAUUAGUUUCCCAGAGAGCACCGUCUUUAAGUCCAGGGCACCACAGUUGGCCAUGUUUAAUGCUCGUAUCUUCUGCUAGGAAGUGCCACAUUUAAAUUAAAAAAAUUAGUUGGCAGAGUGUGCCACAUUUAAACUUCAAAAUUACUAGGCAGAGAGUGCCUCAUUUAAAUUUCAAAAGAAGCUACCAAAGAAUGCCAUUUUGUAUUGGCCUUUUGUCUGAUAGGAGGCAUUAAUUUACAUUAACAGAGUCCAUAAGGAAAGCCUUUAAUGCACCUAAGGGCUCAUUCAUUAUUGUGCAUAGAGUGCACAAGAAAAUAUUUUAAUAUGCUAAUCCCGACACAUUAGAUUAAAACAAUAUGCCAUCUUGGAAAGAGAUGUGUGUCAUAGUGUGUAAGCAAUCCUUUACAUGCUUUAGAUGCAUGCUCCAGACAUUUCUUUGUUAAAUUAAAGUCAUUUGAUAAAUCUGAAAAACAGGUGGAUAAAAACUACUUACUGAUGUUAUACAAUUUAAAAUGUAUUGCGAUGUAGUAAAUUUUUAUGUAGUGUGAUGUGUUGUAAAUUUUUAUGUUAAUAAAUCCAAGUAUUAAA